AGAAGGGCAGACGCCAUUUGUUUGGCGAAGUCCUCUGCUGAUAGUUGAUCUUUCGUUCGUCUACCACUGUUUGUGUUGGGUUUAAGUUUAAAUCGUGUUUUUUUUAUUCUUCCGGCUAGGACGUUGAUAUUUUUCUUUUCCGCCGGAAAUUCUGAUUUGUUUAAUUAAAGCAGGAUAAGAAAUAUCGUUAACACCAUGGAGUACCGCCUGGGAUCCAUGUCUUUAUGGACGAAGGCCCAACAACUCCAAGGGGAAGCCCUCCAGCAGGUCCAGGCUGUUUACGGGGAGCACUUUCCGAUCGAAGUCCGUCACUUUUUGGCCCCUUGGAUCGAAGACAAGAUGUGGGCGGAAAUAGAGCCUGACAAUCCUCAACAUGAACAGUACGCGACGACUUUAUUCACAUCACUUGUCCAGGAACUUCAAGUCAGGGCAAACAGCCUGGUUUCCGAAGAACAUUUCAUAACUAAAAUAAAGUUGAUGGAUGCCGCUAAUUUUUUCCAGCAACGUUAUGCGCACAACCCCUUGGCUUUGUUUGGUAUCCUUAAGCAUUGCUUGAAUACAGAAUUGAAAUUAGUGCAACAGGCUGAAAACGCUGGUGUGGACCUUGGCGGAGGUGGUAUGAGCACUGUAGCUGCUGAAAUUGCCCAGCAGUUGGAAAUCUUAAGAGCUAGGACGCACGAAACCUCUGAAGAUCUAAGGCGAAUGGAGCAAGAGCAAGAAUCUUUUGCCCUACAGUAUCAUGAAUGCACAAAGCUCAAUGGUAAGUUUACAACUUACUGGAUACGCCAUUUUGGCUUUGNUUGUAAAGAGCCUUUGCCCGAAAGAAACUUUACUUAUUGGGAGUGGUUUUAUGCAGUGAUGAAACUGACGAGGGAACACCUCAAAGGACCCUGGGUUGAUGGUUGUAUCCUCGGUUUUGUGAGAAAAAAGCAAGCUGAAGAAAUGCUCUUGACUUGUGCCAAUGGCACGUUUCUUCUUCGUUUUUCUGAUUCAGAACUUGGCGGUGUUACGAUAGCCUGGGUUGGCUGUACAGAAGAUUCGAAACAUUCUGAAGUCUUUAUGCUGCAGCCUUUUACAAGUAAGGAUUUCGCCAUAAGGAGCUUGGCCGAUCGAAUAUCAGAUCUCCACCAUUUGGUGUAUCUCUAUCCUGAUAUUUGCAAACAGCAAGCAUUUAGCAAAUAUUACACACCAUUUACAGAUAACAAUUCCACGACGACUAAUGGAUAUGUGAAACCCAUGCUGGUAACGCAGAUUCCAAGGUUCAGCAAUCCGAACAGCUUGCCACCCACACCGCAAGCAAUCUUUCAACCGCAGUCCCCAGAAAAUAGCACUGUUGGGGAUAAUGUGAACAGCUACAUAAACGCAACUGAAAUGGAUUACCUGCUUGGGGUCGAGUUGUCAGGCAUCGAUGAAACAACCAUCGACAACUUUCCCGACUUGAUGCAGUAUACGAAGUAGUGAGAUUUUAUCAUUUUACAACUUCCCACAGCCGAAAGUACAAAAAUAAGAAAUGUAAUGUGUUUUAAGUUAACAGGAAUGGAAACAAUUUACAUCAUUGUGCCAUUUUCCUCAGGGCUGUUUGUUAUUUUUACUUCUGAGGGCUUUUAGGACUAAAUCUCAAAAAUAAGUCCACCAUUUUAUUUAAGCAAUAUUUACUGAAUAUGCAUUUGCACAUUAUUACUCGCAGGACAAAAUGGAAGCAUUACACUGGUUUAUUAUAAUAAUACAUUUCUUUCUGUUUUAAAAUUAUGAAAUAAUUUGGGAAAAAACUUUAAAAAAAUUGCUUAAGCAAAUUAAAGUUAAAAUUGUUACGUACCAUUCAAACUUUUUCUGAUACUUUCUGUUUCAUCUUCUACCUUUUAUAAAUGUUGACAUUCUUGGUGGUAUCCUUUAAAUAAUCCUGAUGUCUAACGAAAGGUCAACCUUAACUUUGUCAAAUAAAAUGUCGAACUUCUUUAAAUUUUGAUAACUUGUAGGUCGUCAAGUCUUGGCAUACCAUCUAACCAUAAAUCACUUGCACUCUAACUUGUUCAUAUCAGGAUUUUGAGCUAGCCGUGAUAGAACAUUACAAUAAAUAUUAAUUCACAAUCUGAAUGACUGGAGCCAUGUAAGAGUCAUCCAUUUGCAAAAAUUUGGUUCAAAUGACUCCAUAGGUGGUUCAAAAAUUUUAUUAAUUUAUAUAGUGAAAUUCCUUCCUGUGGUGUUGAACCUGUAAUUUGGUCGUUACCGAUCAUGUUGGUCUAACUAACCUCGCUGUUUUGGUCUGUCAGAUACGUUUCAGUAUUUCGCCAUCUUUAAUGAACUGAAAAUGGAAAAUGCCAAAACGUGUCCGACAGACGAACCCAGCGAUGAAUUAAGUUGAAUUAAAAUUAUCGGUAAUGACCAAAUUACAAUGUCUUAAUAUACCUCUCGGCUGUAAGAGUUCUGCUGGAUGACAAACUAAAAGUUAUACAACUCCCAAGAAUUGAUCUGUGGAGAAAAAUUGUAUCACCUUCUACCAACCCCUUGUUCAUUUAGUGACUGCUGAGAAGCACCUUCUAACAGUUUAGAUUGAAUUUUUUGCAUCCCUUGUUGCUUUUGGGAGUCUGCUAUACCAGCUCGGCAUGUGCUUUUUUUUGUUCUUGAAGUUUCUUCAGAAUCUGAAAUCAAUUGCUGUAAAAGUAGACCUUGGACAGCCUUGGCCUGGACAAAGAGAAUAAUUUUCUGUAUCCUCAUUUAUUUGCAUGAUCAGAUCCUCAUCGCAAAUUACAAUUUUUCCUCCAAACUCCAAACUGAAAAACUUGACUACCGAGCAAAUAUGCAUUAAAAUUAUUUUCAUACUUUACUAUCAAAAAGGCCUAUGCCUUUCAAAAAUUAAGUGAUUUGUGAUGCUUUAAUUUUGCCUCGAGUGUAUUAGAAUUUUUUGUUUUAUUAACUUGCACCAUAAAACUGCUCUCUGCAACAAUUUUUAGAAUUUCAUGUUAUUAUUGCCUUAUGAGAAUAGAAAUGAAGCCUUAUACGAUUUAGAACGUUAGUUCAAAAGUGCCAUUGAAAAUUUAAAUAGUUUAAAAAUAAAAUCUAGAGAAAAAUAAAAUAUUUAAAGUACAUUAUAUCGUUUAGAGUUUAUAAUAGAUUUUAUUUUCUAAAAUUAUGUGAUAUCAUUCUAGACAGAUAACAUAGGAUCUUACAAAUUAAAAUAACCUGUGUUGCUCCUUUGCAAUAUUUUUUUCUUUAUAGUUUAUAAAAUUCUUUAUCUUGUUUUAUUUGGAUUGUUUUCUUGUUCAAUGUUUUAUCUAUCUGUUAAGAGUGAAAAGAAACUAUGGAUUACUUUGGCUAUUGUGGCAUCUGUGAUAUUUACGGAAAGGCUAUAUUUUGAUGGAUGGCUCGUCUGACAGCACAACUGUCUUUCAAUAUUUUUAUAAUUAAUCACUUUUUGCAAAUAAGUUGUCCAUAAAGCCUACUAUUUUUGAAGAAAAUACUUCCAAAAGUACAUAGAGAAAUGUGCGACUUGUGUGUAAGUUUACGUUACGUUUAAGUUAACAAAUUACUGCUUAACAAAUUGCUUCUAAACGUGAGCUUCAUUGUUUUUAUUGAAUUUUUAACACUUCUUUUCGUAUAUUUUAUUAGAGAAGGUUUUUACACUCAUGUGUUGGCCAAAAUUUGUAAUACUUUCAUUAGAGUUUUGAAAUUUUACCUUAGGAGGUGAGUUAGUUUAUUAGAAAAUUAAAUGUGUUCAGACUUUUUUUAAAAUUAGUAUUUUAAUUUAUUUUCUUGAUUCCUUCCAGUUUCAGUCUGCCAUUUCCUAAUUUGCUGCAAUAAAAUU